AUGUCGGAACAUGCCAAACAAAACAAGCCUAAGCCCUGCUGUGUGUGCUUGGAUGAGAAGCAGCAGAGAGACCAGUGUCUGCUGACUAACGGCUCGGGGUCUGAAAAGUGCACAGACAUCAUCGAGGCCUACAAAAAAUGCAUGAGAGGCUACGGAUUCGAGACCAACUAG